UGAUACUCAUUAAAUAAAAAUUCCGAUAUUUUUUUUCAUGAUUAUCGAUAUAUAAAUUUGUCAACUGUAUAAUGAUGAUUAUGACUAGAUAAUAUUGAAAUCCAAAAUCAUUUCAUCAUCAUCAUAAUUUUUUUUUAGUUAUAAUUGCAUUGUUGUGUUGGUGGUGGUGGUGUUCAUUUUACCUUCAAUCCAAAGUCUUUUUCAAUUAUCUCUUCAUUUAUUAUCAUUAGAAUUUUAUUUAUAUUUAGUAUAUAUCAGCAAAAAUUUUUAGAAUCAGAUACAUUCCAAAUGUUUUAUCAUCAUAGCCGUCCGUUUUUUAUUGCCAUUUUUUUUGUUAUUAAUGUUGUUGUUAAUCAAUUAAUUAUUGUUUCAUCUAUUCUUAAUGUUCAAUCAUCAGAAUGGCUUCAGAUGCCAUAGAUUUAAAACAACAACAAAAACAGCAUCCAUCAAUUUCAUCACCAUCGAUUUCCAAUAAUACGAUCAAUACAUCAUCAUCAUCACCCUCAUCAUCGUUGUCGUCGUCUGCUGCUAUUGCUUCUACUGUAGUUACUACAAAUAGCGGUAGUUGUAGUAGUAAUAAUAAUAAUACUAAAAAUCAUCAAACAUCAACAUCAUUGAAUAAUUCUGCCAUUAAUCGAAAUAAUACAAACGAUAAAAUGAUACCCGAUCCGGCAACAUUCGAAGAAUUGACCACACAAUUCCAUACGAUUCAUGUUAAUGAUACACGUUUUGAGAUAAUAAAACGUUAUGAAAAUCUUCGAAUUGUUGGUUCCGGUGCUCAAGGUGUUGUUUGUAGUGCUCAUGAUCGUCUUUUGGAUCGAGAUGUAGCCAUUAAAAAAUUAUCCAAACCAUUCCAGAAUGUUACACAUGCUAAACGUGCAUAUCGUGAAUUUAAAAUUAUGCAACUUGUUAAUCAUAAAAAUAUCAUCGGCCUAUUGGAUGCAUUUACGCCGCAGAAUACCCUUGAAGAAUUUCAGGAUGUCUAUCUGGUCAUGGAAUUAAUGGAUGCAAAUCUUUGUCAAGUGAUCCAGAUGGAUAUCGAUCAUGAAAGGAUUUCAUAUCUUCUUUAUCAAUUGUUAUGCGGUAUUAAACAUUUACAUUCGGCUGGCAUUAUACAUCGAGAUUUAAAACCAUCAAACAUUGUUGUCAAAACCGAUUGUACAUUGAAGAUAUUGGAUUUUGGUCUGGCUCGUUCAUCCAGUGGUCCACAAAUGAUGACACCAUAUGUGGUAACAAGAUAUUAUCGUGCACCAGAAGUGAUACUCGGUAUGGGCUAUCAAGAAAAUGUUGAUAUCUGGUCAGUUGGUUGUAUAAUGGGUGAAUUGAUACGCGGCCGAGUAUUAUUUCCAGGCAGUGAUCACAUUGAUCAAUGGAAUCGUAUUGUGGAACAAUUGGGCACGCCUAAUCAGGAAUUCAUAUCAAGAUUACAGGCAACAGUGAGAAAUUAUGUAGAAAAUCGUCCCCGUUAUACGGGCUAUACAUUUGAAACAUUGUUUCCCGAUGUAUUAUUCGCUAAUAGGCCAUCGCCACAAUCUGAUUUGAAUGCUCCACAGGCCCGAGAUUUAUUAUCCAAAAUGUUAGUGAUUGAUCCACAAGAUCGAAUUUCGGUUGAAGGUGCACUUAAUCAUCCAUAUAUACGUUUAUGGCGUGAAGAAUCUGAAGUAAAUGCACCGGCACCACGUGUAUAUGAUGAUUCAUUCGAACAACAGGAACGUUCAGUUGAUCAAUGGAAAGAAUUAAUCUAUGAUGAAGUUAAAACAUAUGAACGUAAUCAUAGGAAUCAAUUGAAUUUGUGGUUACGUAAUCAAUGAACGUUCAAUUCUUUUUUUUCGAUUCUGGAUCAACAUACUCUGGAUGGAUCAAAAUGGCAGCCUGUUGUAUCAUUCAAAUUUAGAUCUAUUCAAUCAACUAAAUAUAGAGAAAAUUUUCAAUAAUAAUAAUAAUAAUGCAACUAUAGUAGAAACCAAACUACUACAAUUUAAUUAAUAUCUACUUGUUAUAACUAUUAUUGUUAUGGCUACAACCAACGACAACAACAACAACAACAA